UCUGUAUACUGUAUAAGGCACGGGAGAAGGCCCUGUGAGUGUGUGUGAGCGUGUGUCCAGGGUGUUCAGGUCAGGGUUUGGAUCCGUGGUCCCGUUUUUGGAUUCGUGGAGAAUGGGAGAGCGCGAGGAACAGGCAAAGCACGAGGGGCUGUGGAGGACUCCCACCUAAUACAGGGCAGUGAUGCCGGGCAUGGUGAUGUUUCGGCGGCGCUGGUCAGUUGGCAGUGAUGACCUGGUGCUGCCCGCUCUCUUCCUCUUCAUACUGCACUGCAUAUGGCUGGUGGUCCUGUCCGUGGUUCUGUUCGGCCUGCCGUAUGGCUCAGACGAGUCAUGCUCCGUCACGCUGGUGGACCACGGCCGCGGCUACCUGGGGAUCCUGGUGAGCUGCCUGAUCUGUGAGAGCGCCAUCAUGUGGCUGAGCAUGAGAGGCAGCAUACUGUACACUCAGCCAAGAGAGGCCGUCCAGUAUGUCCUUUACAUACGACUGGCCAUCCUGUUGGUGGAGCUGGUGUAUGCUGUGGUGGGAAUUGCCUGGCUGGUGCAGUAUUACCAACCCUGCUCGGAUGACACUGCCAAAAACCUCGCUCUGGGAAUCGUGGUGUGUAACUGGUUGGUUAUCUUCAGUGUGUGUUUCACCAUGAUGUGCACUUUUGAUCCCACGGGACGAACCUUCGUCAAACUCAAAGCCACCCGCCGUCGCCAACGCAACCUGACAACAUACACACUCAGAGAAAUCCCAAACCUGUGCUGGACUCUGGCUCUCCAGGACCGAAGUUACACUCCUCUGACUCUGUCGCUCAGACACAGAUUGGAAGAGGGUCAGGCAAGUAGUUGGAGUCGGAGGUUAAGGUUCUUCAUGUGCUGCACUCGAGCGCAGGACUCUCAAUCUGAUGCGUACUCUGAAGUGGCCAGCCUCUUUGCUGAGUUCUUCAGGGAUUUGGACAUUGUGCCCAGUGACAUCAUCGCUGGCCUGGUGCUCCUCAGACAGAGACAAAGAGCCAAGAGAUCUGCCGUUUUGGAACAGCCAAACAACGAUAUUUUAGCCUUCCUGUCCGGAAUGCCUGUAACUCGCAGCACCCGGUACCUGGACCUCAAAAACUCGACGGAGAUGGCCAUGUAUAAGGAGGUGUGUUAUUACAUGCUGUUUGCGAUGGCUGCGUAUGGCUGGCCUAUGUACCUGCUGAGAAAACCAGCCUGUGGAGUCUGCAGGCUCCUCAGCUCAUGCACCUGUACGUCUGGAUCUGGCUCUCGUCUGUCUCAGUCAGUAACCGUAGAGGAGGAUAACUGCUGUGGCUGUAAUGUUCUGGCCAUCCGCCGCCAGUUUUUGGAUCGAGACCUCAAACAGGUCCAAAUCGUCUACACAUCCUGCCACGAUGCGGUGUAUGAGACUCCGUUCUUUGUAGCAGUGGAUCAUGGGAAGAAGAAAGUUGUCAUCAGCAUCAGAGGAACCCUGUCGCCUAAAGAUGCUCUAACUGACCUCACUGGGGAUUCAGAGCGUUUGCCGGUUGAGGAGCAGCAUGGGGUUUGGCUCGGGCACAAGGGAAUGGUUUACUCAGCAGAAUACAUUAAGAAGAAACUGGAACAAGAGAUGAUCCUGUCUCAGGCCUUCGGGAGAGAUUUGAGUAAAGGAACCAUGCAUUAUGGGCUGGUGAUUGUGGGCCACUCUCUGGGCGCCGGAACCGCCGCUAUUCUCUCCUUCCUGCUCCGCCCACAGUAUCCCACACUGCACUGCUACUCCUACUCUCCACCCGGGGGGCUUCUCAGCGAGGAUGCGAUGGAGUACUCUAAAGAGUUUGUCACUUCUGUAGUGUUGGGCAAAGACCUCGUGCCCAGGAUCGGUCUUUCUCAGCUUGAGGGUUUCCGCCGCCACCUUCUCGAGGUCUUACAGAAGAGCGAUAAGCCGAAGUGGCGGAUUAUUGUUGGAGGCACAAAGUGUAUUCCUAAGACUGAACUGCCGAUGGAGGAUGAUCCUCCAUCUCAGGGCGUAACGCCCUCCAACUCUCGUCUGUGUUUACACCCCAGUGACCUCAGCAUCGCCCUGUCCGCCUCCACCCCCCUCUAUCUGCCUGGACGCAUCAUCCACGUGGUCCACAAUCACCCCCCUGAAACCUGCUGUGGUCAAGAAGACCCUACAUACUCCGCUCUAUGGGGUGAUAAUAAGGCCUUCGAUGAGGUCAUCAUCUCUCCAGCCAUGCUGAAUGAGCACAUGCCACACGUGGUGAUGGAGGGCCUCAACAAGGUUCUGGAGAACUACAAUAAAGGGAAAACGGCUCUUCUGUCAGCCGCGAAGAUCAUGGUCAGUCCUACAGAAGUGGACCUGAACGCAGAGACCAUUUUCCUCGGAGCCUCCAACUCCCAGCAGCCCUCGCCGCCCACACAGCACCGCAGAAACAGCAGCGUUCGCUCCUGUGCCCGCUCAGAGAUUUCCCUGGACGGUUUUUCCGAGUGUCCUCCUCCACCCAUUCCCGUGGUGCUGACAGGGGCUCGAGAGCGGCUGGCUGUGGAGCUGCGGGAGCGUAAGGCCCCCCUCGCAGUCAUGGAGAGCCUUUCGGAUGUCGAGUCGGUCUACAGCCUGGACUCCCGCCGUUCCUCGGCUGCUCUGAGGGGGUCGCCGUGCCUGGGGUCACUGCCCUUCCCCCUGGACGCCCCGAUCCCAGAGGAGAACCCUUCUGUGAGCUCGCGCACUGAGCUGCUGGCCGCAGAUGGGCUGCUCCACGCCUCUCCGGAGCACGAGCUCGGAGAAUCCGGACCCUACUGCCCGACGCCGCCAGAACUGGCUGUUCCUUCACAACACCUCCUGCCAAAAAGCCCGCAACAGAGUGGCCAAGGUCCUCCGCUUCUGCUUGGACAGACUGCCAUAGGUCGGCCUGGCCAGCAGAGGGCGGUCUCGCGUCCCUCUUCACAGACACUUGAGGUAAAUCAGCGGUUAACCGUCCCUAACAUCCAGGAAACGAACCCCGGCACGCCCUGGACGGGACCUGUGGCAAAGGGGUGUGGAGAGAAAGCGAAGGAUGGAGAUCUGAGGUCGCCCCCUGCUGUCCUGGAGGAGAAAAAACAAGAGGAGAAUCGAGCAGAGGUGAAAGUGGACAUAGAGAGUGGACUGUCCCUCACCACCCCACUGUCCAACGGUAACCCCAGCCAAGCUGUGCUGGAAUUCGCCCAGUACCUGGACUCUCUCUUCAGGCUGGACGGCAGUGGUUCUCCGCCUCUGGAGCUCUCUGAUGGAGAAUCGGAGUCUGGACGAGGCUCCUGCAGCCAGGCGGAGGGUCAGUGCGAUGACCAGCACUCGAAAGACGCGGACAGGGACAGGCAGCUACUGGUCAGGGCCACUCUGGAGCCCAAUCUCGUCCCCAAGCCCCCUCGCACCUUCGCUGGCUCCGCGGACCCUUCGUCUGGCAUUUCUCUUUCUCCGUCCUUUCCUCUGUCCUCGUCCGGAGAGUUAAAUGACCUUUCACCCCCCGACGGGUCACUACCGGUCAAUCACUCCACUCUACGAACUUCCACUGCCUGUCCUUACACUGAAGACAACACGUUGUCGUCCAUGGUGUAAGUGACCCACGAACUGACUCACAAGCUUCUCUUGGCCCCGCCCCCUUCUACUAUUUAUCCCUGUUAGUUUUGCUACUGUUCAAAAGUUUGGAAUCACUGUUUUCAGUAUCAUAAGACCAGAAGGACUGCAGUCUGUCUAACUGUCUAAAUCUUUUGAUCAUGAUUCUUUAGGAAACGUCAUUAAGUCUCAAAUUUCAGUGUGAUUCGAUUCUUUAGGAAUGAUUCAGUGUGUCAUUAAACCUCAAAUUUCAGUGUGAUUCGAUUCUUUAGGAAAUGAUUCAGUGUGUCAUUAAACCUCAAAUUUCAAUGUGAUUCGAUUCUUUAGGAAAUGAUUCAGUGUGUCAUUAAACCUCAAAUUUCAGUGUGAUUCGAUUCUUUAGGAAAUGAUUCAGUGUGUCAUUAAACCUCAAAUUUCAGUGUGAUUCGAUUCUUUAGGAAAUGAUUCAGUGUGUCAUUAAACCUCAAAUUUCAGUGUGAUUCGAUUCUUUAGGAAAUGAUUCAGUGUGUCAUUAAACCUCAAAUUUCAGUGUGAUUCGAUUCUUUAGGAAAUGAUUCGGUGUGUCAUUAAACCUCAAAUUUCAGUGUGAUUCGAUUCUUUAGGAAAUGACUCGGUGCAUCAUUAAAUCUCAAAUAUCAGCAUGAUUUGAUUCUUUAGGAAACAAUUCAGUGCACAAUGGCUCAUCACAAUUGCAUCUUUUGGUAUGAUUCAAAAUGAUAUUAAAAAAAAAAAAAAAAUGCCCAUAUUGACUAUUUACACUGUAGUCGAAUACAUACAUUAAAAACAAGGCACCAAGCAUU